AUGGUGCGACGGAAGCAAUCGUCCUCUACUUGCAUCGCUGCUGGCAGAGUAACAGCCAAACUAUUCCUCUCAUUCCUUGCCAUCUCUGCAUCCCCAGCUGCCGCCACUGCACACGAUCAACAAGUCCAAAUAGCCUAUUCCGGUUCGCCAAUACUGUCGCCUUUGGUUCCAGAACGAGAGCCUCCGCGACCAGCCGAGCACACCUUCACAUUACGUCACAUACUCCAUCAUGGAACUUACCGCCAUCCGGGUCUCCAUCGACGGAGAGACAUUACCGAACCCGAAGCUGAAGUAUGGCUAGCAGAUGAAGAUGAACACAUUGCCGAGAGGAUAUUGCCGCUCAAGGCCAAGAGUCAGCCUCGUAAAAUCGAACGCAUGGUAGAUAGGCGACCGGAUGUAGUAGAUCCCAUGAUCGCGGAGGCCCGUCAGCGAGGAUAUGUCCUUGCGGGCAUGCCCUCCGCCUGGACCGUUGACGAAGUCCCAGGGCCGAAUAUAACAGAUAAGGAGACGGUUCUCAAUAUGGCUUUCAUAGCAGCAAAUGCCUACGUUGAGAAUACGGGCACGCCGGACUGGGAGGAGGUCGGCACUCCAUUCAACCGAAGUGCAGAUUUUGGCUGGGAAGGCGACGGCUUGCGCGGCCACAUAUGGGCAGAUGAGACUAACUCGACCGUCGUCAUUGGUCUGAAGGGAACUUCGGUCGCAGUAUUCGAUGGAGAAGGGACAACGACCAACGACAAGGUCAACGACAACCUGUUCUUUAGCUGUUGUUGCGCCCAACAAGGGCAGUGGUCGUGGCAUCAAGUCUGCGAUUGCGCAACGGGGACCUACAGUUGCAACAACACCUGUGUCGCCCAAGCGUUGCGAGAGGAAAAUCGCUACUACCAGGCUGCUCGGGAACUCUACGCAAACGUAACCGAGAUCUACGGGGAUGCGAAUAUCUGGGUCGUCGGACACUCACUCGGCGGGGCAGUUGGCUCCCUCCUCGGUCUGACCUAUGGACUGCCUGCCGUCACUUUUGAGGCCGUCCCCGAGGCCAUGGCUGCCGGUCGCUUAGGCUUGCCAAUCCCUCCACAUGCCGACCCGGAUUAUCCUCAAACUCGCGAAUACACUGGAGCCUACCACUUCGGCCACACUGCUGAUCCUAUUUAUAUUGGCACGUGCAACGGAGCAACGGCCACUUGCUCCUUCGCCGGGUAUGCGAUGGAGUCUGCUUGCCACACGGGCUCAGAGUGUGUCUAUGACACGGUUGGAGACAAGGGCUGGCGAGUCGGCAUUGGAACCCACAAAAUUCGGUCUGUCAUUAACGAUGUCAUCCGCAAGUAUGACACUGUUCCUGAGUGCAAGUUUACCCCGGAAUGCCGAGACUGCGCGAGUUGGAAGAUGUACGAGAGUAAUAGCACAUCUUCGACUACAUCCUCAAGCAGCUCGACGACCUCAAAGACGCGCACUCGGACGGCGACUUGCAAGACUCCAGGUUGGUGGGGCUGCCUUGACGAAACGACAACUACUGGAACUGCGACAUCGACAAGCACUACUACUACGUCGACAUCGACCUGCAAGACUCCAGGCUGGUUCGGCUGCAAAGACGAGAUAACCACUACGACCACUGCCACGAAUAUACCUACUGUCACAACGACUUCGGCCACCAGCUCUACUACUUGUUUGACUCCAGGCUGGUUUGGUUGCAAAGACAAGACUGCUACUGCGUCAUCCGCUACGUCUACACCCCCCAUUACUUCACCGCCGCCAACGCCCACAACGAUUCAGGACCCAGAGCCCACUGAGCCUACUGAGCCUCCUCCGAAAUCCAAGGCUCAUUGUGUGCGGAGGAAUUGGUUUGGAUUCUGUAAGGAAUGGGGCCAAGCUGGAGAUGAUGGGGGUCUCUUCGAUGAGAUAUAG